AUGCGGCAGCAACGCCGCGGCAUUCUCGGUAUCUCCAGUGCCGUGGACAAGCGUCUGUACCGGGCCGCCAAGUCGGUCAUGCCGGCAAUUUCCAAGACGGAAGAAAUCGCACUGGGCUGCGGUACGAUCGGAUUCGACCGGGACAUUUUCACCGGAAGCCCGUCGCUUAAGCAUCUCGUGGAUACGUACAAGCCCAAGUUGACGCCGGAAGAACAGAGCUACCUGGACGUGCAAGUCAGUGAACUGUGUGCGCUGUUGAACGAUCACGAUGUUGUGGAACGCAAGGAUUUCAGCAAGGCGGCGUGGGAUUACAUGCGCGACGAAAAGUUCUUCGGUAUGAAGAUUCCCAAAGAGUGGGGAGGUCUCGGGUUUUCGACACAAGCCGUGUCUCAGGUUCUCGCCAAGCUGGGUACCCAGUGCAUGGACGCCAACGCGACGGUUGCUGUGCCCAACUCGCUCGGACCCGGGGAACUCCUGGCACGAUACGGAACACCAGACCAGAAGGAAUACUUUUUGCCAAGACUAGCGGACGGUACCCUCAUUCCUUGCUUUGGUCUCACUGGACCGCAUUCCGGAAGUGACGCAACCUCUCUUAUUCAGAGUGACUGUGUCGUGGAAGAACGCAAUGGCGAGAUUGGUGUCGUCGCCUCUUUCAAGAAGCGUUACAUUACCCUGGCACCCGUUGCGGGUGUUGUCGGAUUGGGCCUCAACCUGGCCGAUCCCAAGGGACUCCUCAAGGGUAAGGGUGGUGAAGGAUUUACGGUCGCCUUGCUCGAACGCGAUCAUCCCGGCCUCCGCAUGGGACCCCGUCACAUGCCACUCAACGCCGCCUUUAUGAACGGAACCGUCGAAGGGGAAGACGUAUUUAUCCCCAUGAGUAUGAUCCUCGGAGGACAAGAUCGCUGCGGUAGCGGCUGGCAAAUGUUCGUCGAGUGCCUGGCGGAAGGCCGUGGCGUGAGUCUCCCCGCUGGAUCGGUCGGCGCCGGACGCGGUGUCGUCACCGGGGUGGGUGCCUAUUCGCGCGUGCGCAAACAAUUCCGUGUCCCCAUUGCCGAAUUUGGUGGAAUUCAAGAAGCCAUGUCAUUGGCUGCCAGCGAUACCUUGAUUGCUAUUGGUGGUACCGAUCUGAUGAACGCGAUCGUGGAUAAUCACGAAGCACCUAUGGUUAUUUCGUCGGUCAUGAAGCAGAAUUGCACCGAACGUGGUCGACGGAUCGUCGAACGCGGCAUGGACGUUGCCGCGGGUUCGGCUAUUUGCCGGGGUGAGAAAAACUACCUGGCCAACGGCUACACGAGCUUACCCAUUGCGAUCACGGUGGAGGGUGCCAACAUUAUGACACGCUCUUUCCAAAUCAUCGGGCAAGGUCUGACCCGAUGCCAUCCGCAUAUGUUGGAAUUGAUUCAAUCGUUGCAAAUGCCGGCGGACAAGGAAAAGGAAGCCGUGGAAAUUUUCACCAAGCAGUUUUACAAGGUACUCGGGCACGGUGUAUCGAACUUUGGCCUUUCGGUCACCCGUGGGUUGGGAUCCACGGUUUCUACCGCGUUCCGAUCCAAAACUGCGUACAAGGACGGAGACAAGCUCGUUGAAUACCACGAAAAGCAGCUAUUGCGGUUGUCGGCUAAUUUUGCCAUGACCGCGGAUUUGUGCUUUACUCUAGGAGGGCGACUAAAGUUUGAAGAAUUGUUGAUGGGUAGGUUGGCGGAUGCCCUCGGCGCCAUCUUUCUCGGAUACUCGACUUUGCACCACUACCAGCGUCGUCGUGGCGUGGCCGGUCUGGAGGCCAUUACGGAACACGCCAUGUUGCGCCUAGAAACCGAGGCGCAAGAUGCGCUCAAGGUGGCUUCGGACAACUUUCCGGGACCGCUCGGUCCCGUCGCUAGUUUGGUCAUGAAAGCCGGAUGCUUCCCGCUCGGUAAUUUGACUCGCCCUUACAAGGAACCGAACGACACGCUUACCAAGGAGGUGGCAAGAUUGGUCACUACCCCGUCAGAAUUGCGCGACAUGUUUGCCGAGGGAAUUUAUACCGCCCCC